CACCAUAUUGUGCGAUAAUUGUAGGCUCUGUUUGAUCACGAUAAUGGCCACAUCAAAUUGCACUGUAGUAGCUACAGUACACUGGGCUAUAGGCAAUGAGCACGGAAGUAAAGUAGUAAGUAGAGAUACGAAUAUGCGAAGGGAAAGUACUGAAUAUGAAAGUGACGAUGCAAAGGUAGUCAUGUGUAUGAUGUGAGCCAGCAGAGACAAGGGAAAAAGUGAAAGUGAAAGGCACACAAUAACCCAUGACAGCGCUAGACAGUAUGAGAGCACACGAGAGGGAUCAAGAACGUGCGAGAGCAUGCAGGGAUGGUGCGAGAUGGUGCAAAAGGGUGGAGGAAGGUUUCAGAGGAUGCGGGGGGAUGCCGAAGGCUACCAAAGUUAGAAGACAAAAAGAAAAGAUAGAACUUACAUGUGUACGAGCUUUGGUUAGCUUAGGGAGUGAACAAAACAAGAAAUUACCGUAGAGUUGAGUGCGGGAGAUGCUAGCUAGCAGGUAAAUGUGGGAAUAAACUCACUCGAAUGACGCAAAAGGGUGCAAGAGAUGCAGUGAGGGACGACAAAAUGUAAGAGGUGGCAGCGGCAGGGCGUAAGCUGUCACAGUAGGGCGUGGUAAGCAGCGCAAUGCAAGGAAGAGUCUCUGAGUAGUACUACUAUUGAUAUUAAGAGAAAAACAUAAAAGGACUUACGAGGGCGACGACAGCUGGUGAGGGAACAUUAUUAGCUAGAACAUAACACUCGCGGCGGGAAAGAGGUAACGGUGUGGCCCACCGUGUGGGUGGCACUUAUGUGAGAUAAGUCUUAGAGACGGACGGAUCUCGAAGUCGGAACUUCAAGCUCAAGCUUCGAGUUCGGGGUCCUAUGAGGUAAAUGACUUAGCAAAAAUUAUAACGUACGUGUCAAGUUGCUGUCGGCCGAAUUCGUGGUCAAACUGCGGCACAUCUUGGAUCGGUACAUGAUGCAUGCAUAUAGAUGAGACCAAUCACCAUGUGUAUAUAAGACCUAUAGCUACUUCGCACAUUUCGUGUACAAGCUUUACAUUUCGCCCAUAUCUGCUAUGGCUUGCAUACAUGCUACGAUCUCAUGCAUACCUCCACACUUCUGUUAGUUACUUUACAAGCUUCGUACCCUUCCGGUACAAGUUUUACAUCUUACACGUGUCUGUUACUACUUGCAUAUGUGCUACAAUCUCGUACAACCAUCUACCAGGGUUUGUAAGCCAUAAAAGGCAGUAACCAGCCAUACACGCGAACUGUUCUUUUGUUGAUGC